AACCAGGCAUAAGCCCAGACCGAUAGAGCCUUAAAAUCAUAUUAGCGCAAAGCUCCGACUGACAGCAGCUCUUCGGCUACUCUCUCUCCGAGCCUGCUCUUCUUUAAAGUUGGGGGCAAUCUGCUUCAAGAUUUGGAGGGGGAUGGCUUCCCUUUUCAAGGAUCCAUCAAAGCUUUCAGCAUAUAGGGAUAGAAAAUUCCCUGGAUCGCAAGAGGACUUUGAACAUGCACUUCAGACAUCAAUUACUGUCUAUGUGGGUAAUAUGUCUUUUUAUACAACCGAAGAACAAGUUUAUGAGCUUUUCUCCCGAGCUGGAGAGAUUAAGAAGAUAAUUAUGGGCUUGGAUAAGAACACGAAAACGCCUUGCGGCUUUUGUUUUGUUCUUUACUACUCUCGAGACGAUGCCGAGGAUGCUGUCAAAUAUAUAAGUGGAACUAUUCUUGAUGAUCGUCCUAUCCGUGUGGAUUUUGAUUGGGGAUUCCAGGAAGGCAGGCAAUGGGGCCGUGGUCGAAGUGGCGGACAGGUGCGAGAUGAAUAUCGUACUGAUUAUGAUCCUGCUAGAGGAGGUUAUGGAAAGUUAGUUCAGAGGGAGCUGGAAGUGCAAAGACAGCUUGUAGAUUAUGGUGGUGGUUCAUUGGGCUCUUUCCCGCCAGUUAUGCCACCUCAGUAUGGUAGACAUGGCAGAAGCCAUGGUCAUGGGGGCUCUUAUCGUAGAGAUUACCAACGGAAGCGACACCGAGAUGAUGAUGGCCAUGGGUAUGAGACCUCAAAGAGAACCUCAGAUCAUGAAUCCAGGAGAAUCUCUGACCACGACUCCCGACUGGAGAAGAAUCCGCGAUUUCGGGAGAGUGGUGAUUCUGAUGAUGAUGAGGAAGAUGAUCGGAAGCGACGAUCUUAGCCAGAUUAAUGUUACUCCAUCUAAUAGAGAAUUUUUAUUAGGCAGUUCUGUGUUUUGAUAAGCAGACAUGUUUCCAAAUUUGAGAUAGGACUCUUUUAUGUAACGUACUCAAGAUUGUAGAUUUUCUGCAUUUAACGCGGGAAUCCUUUCUCAAGAUUGUAAAGUUCAUUUAGUCUCUGGAUUAUGGUCAAUUUAUCCCACAUACUAAAUUAUUGUUAA